GGAGACUAUGGCGAGAACGAAGUCAGAUGCCUUAUCAUGUCGCCGGGAGGGUCACGGCGGCGAUGUGGAUGAAGGAAAAGUGACCAGUCGCGGCGGCGUCGGCGGGUUGUGCGUACCCCAAGAUAGCUUGGAUGAUUUGGACUUCUUCCCUAACUUUUUCGACGAUGCUAUCCCCAUAACCGACCUUCUACUUUCUUCUCCUUAUCCUCUGGAACAUGGUGAAAGUACUAUCGAGGACGUCGAAGAUGAUGAGUCUAUGGCACAGGCGUUGAUUAAAGCCCACCCUCCGCCAUCGGAAGAUGAAUAUGAGAGCGGUAAGCCGAUAAAGACGACUUGCAUGGAUGAUGGAUUGAGUAUCUCCAAACGGAGACGAAAAAACAAUCCUAAGACAAAGAAAAAGAAGGCAAAGAAGAUGAGGAAAACAGGGAUGAAGUGCACUCACUGCGAGGCGGUGGAGACGCCUCAAUGGCGGAGAGGUCCGAUGGGACCGAACACUCUCUGUAAUGCUUGUGGCGUCAGAUACAAGUCCGGCAGGUUAUUGCCCGAGUAUAGGCCUUUCGCCAGUCCAAGUUUUGAUAGUUCUAAGCAUUCUAACUUUCACAGGAAAAUUUUGAAGAGCAGCAGAAAAAU